AUGGCCGACCCAGAAACCCAGGCGUUUGGUCUGGCCAUCCUAGAAGCGUAUGAAGCUUCCCAAUCAGCUAUUGGAGCCAGCUACACUGUCAUAGCAAACACCGGAACUACAGCAUCUCUUCUACAUGACGAACCUCCGCGUCCGAGCCGCGAUGUAUCGGAUAUCUUCCCAGGAUUGUUACCAUUUGUCGCUCGGAACCAGUGGCUAGAGAAACGCAACCAAGAGCUCUUAAACGAAAAGGCCGAUAGCGAUCAAAAACGCAUAGCGGCGGAGAAGAAGCUCGCUGCUAUCACCCUGGAGAUGAAAGAGACAUUAAUUGCAUUCGAAAGCAGAACAAUGGCCCUGAAGAAGUGUGAAGAAGAGCAAGAGAAGUGGCGUAUGCAAAAGGCUCAGGAAUUAGAAGGUACCGAGCUCGAAGCUGUGCAGGAGCUGUGGCUUUCUACUCAAGAGGAGAGGACAGUGGAGCCCCAUAACCGUGCUGAGUGUGCCAAAGCACAAGAAGAGGGCUGCAAAGCAGGCUACGUGGCAGGAGUAUAUGAUGGUAUAAAAAAGGGUCACCUCGAAGGUCAAGUGUAUGCUGCAACUAUAUGGAGGGAGAGGGUCACAUCUGCUGAGAAAGCGUCACGGAACAAUAGCUAUACCGCUGGUCGAGUUCAAGGUUACGCUGAUGGCAGAAGGGAAGGUUACAACGUUGUUAUAUCCGAUGGCUUCACUAUUGGAUUGGCAGCCGGUAAGAGAGAAGGAGCCGGAGAACGUGGCGAGACAAAUCAGCAGAGUUAUGAGAGGGGCCGGGAUGAAGGACGUUCUCAGGGCCACUACGAGGGUUACGCUAAAGGCUUCGCUCAAGGUCUUGAUGCAGUUGAACAGGAAGAAGGCGGUAUCGCCUGA